AUGGCUAGCAGCUCCCGCAGAAUGUCCGUCGAACCGCAAAAAGUUUUAACCGAAAGUUAUAACCCGCUCAGGUGUUACAAUCUCAAACGUUACAAUAGAAUAUGGAAAUCUGUGAUGCAAGACUAAUUGGUCAAGCCAACUCUCAUAGGAUUGCGCAUGACAAGUUCCGAAGCCCCAAACCCCACUACAAUCUGGCGAAAUUUGUAUUGCAAAAGGUGGAACGCUGUGCGAGUCUGUCAUGCUCAUCAUGCAACACAAAUUCCAGACUCUAUACGUAACGUUUGAGAGUGUAACGUUUGAGCAAGUCAUAAAAGUGGGGACAUCCCCGCCCCACGGUUCGGGCACACCGCGACGCUAGUUGGCCAAAACCGCGUAGUCUUGUUUGGCGGAGCCACGGGAGACAGCGGUACUUGUUAUUUUUAGAGUGCUCUAUUUUGUUCGUUCUUGUUUGGAACAUUUAUUGCAACUGCAAGCGUGACUGACAUGGAUGUGGUUGUUGUUCUUGGCUCUUCAUCCAGGUGAACCAGAUACAGUUCUUAUUCUUGUUGAUUCACUUUUACGAGACAUUGAAUAAUAAGGUCGUUACACGAUUACUGCGGACACUUACUCCCUGGACACCACCACCUUCACUUGGAGCCAGAUCCGCCCCACACCAGGGGAUGUGCCACCGCCGUCCGUUACUACAAUGAAAGGUGCCCCCUCCGCCUGAGAAGGUUAUUAUUAAUGUAAGGACACUGAGCACUAGGAGUUUUUCUAAUGCGGAAUCUAGGCACGGUGCAUCAGGGCAUCUUGUACAAAUGCGGCUGCUGCUGGGCGCUUUCGCAGCACAAAGUUUACCUUAUUCUUUCAGAACGCAAUAUGAUCUGCGAUGGUGCUGUCACAUGUAAGAGUAAAACGGGUGAUGUUUCAUAAUGCGAAUACUGCCAAGUUCUGCUUCUGGGGCGGGGGUGCUUUUCAACGCGAUGUUUGCCCGCGCGGCGCACGCGGCCGCCUGUGUGGACACAAGCCAGCUGGUCAUCUAUGGAGGAGCGACAGGAGGCGGGUCUUUGUCUUCGGACGAGCUUUAUGGAUUGUAAAAAUGUCUGGGUCUGGAAACUUGUGAUGCUGGGUGGCGUAUGUAUCAUGAAGAGGCCACAAGUGCUGGCGUAGCAUGACGAGCUUUUGAGCUUCUGGGUGUUGCCUAUUCUGCACGACAAACUGCGUUUCUGCAACUGGCAGCAAAAUUAAUGGGGCUCUUGGGUACUUAACGUGCAUGAGAGAUUUAAGAGUCAUGUCAGACAAGCAUGACAAACAUGCACUCUUCCAGACCCAGACAUUUUUGCAUUUGAUAAGCUUUAUUUACUGGAUUUCAGAAACGAACAGAAGUCGUCCUGGAUGAGCGUUCCCGUCUUGGGAGACACUCCGGGGAGGAGAUAUGGUACUAUAUUGCGGUAUAAUGCUGAACACAUAAAAGUACUACACACGAAGUUCUUGCUACAACUGUUUAUUCGCAUCAUGCAUGACAAGCGUUCAUUCUGCAUUGCACAAGACAGCAUGACAAAGGAGAACUACACUUACAAACUAAGGUCACACCAUGGUUUUCAACAAGCCCCUGUUGAUUGUAUCCUGUGCAAAAGUAUCGUACUCGUAGUAAUGACGCAUUACAAAUUUUGUUCUCAAGGUAAAUUCGCAUUACAAAUUUCAUUUCUCAUGCUGAAUGCAUUUAUACGAGCACGAUACUUUUGCAGUUCAUAGAUUGUGUGUGGCGGCAACAACGGUCAACAAGCGGAAACUAUCGACGUUGCAAAAGUUGUACUAUCGUACUAGUACUACUAGUUGCAUGCGGGGAUCCAGUUCCACUUUGUCGUCCUCGCAAGUAUAGGAACAACUUCUGACCGCGAGGAAAAACAAUAAAACUGCGAUUUGUCAUGUAGACUCAGGUCGACAAUUGGAUCUGUCAUGCAGGAAGAUCGCAACUAGUAGUAGUACGCGUAAGAUUUUUGUGCAGGAUAGAAAACGACAUUUGGAUUCUCGACGUGGAGCACGCCCCGUUUCAGUGGAGUCUUGUGCAAAUGUAUCCAAGAAAAAAACUGUGUAAGUGUAACUUUUUUGCAGGAACAGCAUUACAGAUUUGUUUUGCACGACAGAAAACUUGUCAUGCGUAGCUAGUACGCUAAAACACGUACUAAAAUAGCCUCUGACGCAUAUCCGGCAUGACAAGUGUAACUGUAUUGCAACAUCUGCAAGACAAAGUUACACUUACGCAGUUUUUUUCUUGUGAUGAAAUGAAGGAGAAUUCGAAAGCCCCGGUAGCCCGCGUGUACCAUUCCGCGGAGGUGUGCCGCGAGUAUCAAAAGGAAAAAUCCUCCCUCCCCAUAUCGAAAUGGAAAUCUGUGAUGCAGGAUUUGGCUACACAAAUCGGAUCUGUCUUGCAGUAAGGCAUCGCAGCCAGAUCCUCGGCCUAGGUAGGGGCGUAUAGGUCUAGUUGCUUAGCAUUGCAAACGGGUGUCCCCUAGCCGCAACAGCAUGCCAAAUCGCUUCCAUAAUGGUGCGGAAGCCUCUGCGCUUGUCUUCUUGCAAGACAGGAGACGCGAUUUGUGACCUCAAAUCAGCAACACAAAUUUUCGGAAACACACCUUGUCGAUAUGGGGAGGGGGGAUUUUUCCUCAGAAUAGCGAGGGCCCGGCCGCCGGCAUGAUGGUGAUUUUUGGCGGCAGAACGGCGGAAAACCGGUCGCUAAAGGACAUCUGGUAUGCUCUGCAAAAUUUUAUUCGUGCUGGUACAUGUACGAAUUGCAUUACACAUUUUUUUUAGCAUGAUGAAAAAUCAAGUUUGUCAUGCUGAUUCCCAUUCUGCGGAAGAUUUGUCAUCCAUAUCUGCAAUUUUAGUAGGAAUACGAUAAGUAGACUUUUGCAGUGCAUACCUGGGGGCUGCGACAGCAUCGGGACGGCAGGUGGGACUGGGUCGAGGCUCCGACAAAAAAGGGAGGUAUAUAUUUCAAGUAGAAUCAUCUCACACUUCUUAAUACAACUCGUUGGGACAGCGACAGAACAGGUUUUUUAUUUUUUCUUCUUGCCUGUGCUUUGAUAGUAAUUCCUCCACCAAGCCCCGUUUGCGUUGCUACGCGGAAUGACAAGAUGUGUACAGACAGCAGAUCAUGAUCCUGUUUGUCGUCUUCACGAAAAAACAAAAAUUAUGCAGUCGUCCCCGAGGCGCGAUUUCAGCACUCGUGCAUUUUCUACAACUCGUAUGCGAGCGCACAAGCACAACUCCUCCUUCCCCUUAUUUGUGUUGCAUGAGCAGCAAUAGAAACACCAGCGCACAUGGAGCCUGGUGCCCAUGACAAGUCCAUGCGCGUAGCGUCGUAUUGUUUAGGUUUUCAGAAUCUGUCAUGAAAAUAACGGUACCACAAGGCAGAACUUGGAUAUGGCAUUUCGCAUCACAAAUGAGAGGGAGGGGGAGUUGUGCACUGUCAUAACUCGCGACUGCUCAUCGUCGGUGGCAGAGGGAACGACGUCAACAAGGCGCUGCCAACUGCGGUGUACGACACGGAAACGUGUAACUGGGAAAACAUCGCGUCCAUCAAUCGGUUUCGACAUUUCUGCUACUUGCUGCAGAACCAGCUGUAUAGCUACGGCGGGUUUGACCACAAAUCGCCCUCCGCGCCGACAAACGAUCUGCAAGUGGUGGACCUGGAUCAGGCCUUUGCGGAGCUGGGUACUUACAAAUUGUACGGGUUUUCUGCAGCCUCACUUCGAAAUUCACUUUGAAGAUUCGAGUCUGCUGUUGACAUCUUUCUUGCAUAAAGGCAUCCAUGGCAUUAUCAUGGACAAGUGCUGACGCGCAUCAUGCAUGGCGCUCCUGAUCAUCCCCUUUACCUGUUUGAGGAAGAAGCCAAAUUCAAAUUGUGAUCUUCUGUGUACGUACUUUUUAAAACCUCUAGGCGUCCCCGCCCCCGGUGGUUCCGCCCCAGCUGCGGCGCAGCCCCAGCACCUGGAUUCCCUGGCAAACAACCACCCGAGUGCAGCGCUAAAUCCGCUGCGGUCCUCGUACGGCAUGGUGCAACAGCCGCUCGACGACGCGAACGCGCGGGGCAGCGACAUCCGCAUUUCCAACCAAGUAUGCACUACAAAUUUCCUGUACAUGUACAAAAUGCAUGACAAAAAAAAAUUUCGCUAACUUGCAGCGUGUGUCCAAGUUGUCAUGCUGGACUACGAUUGAAGGCAAGUUUUGUCAUGCAGCGGCUGCAUUUGUUUUUGUACGUGUACGGGAACUUUACUGUGGAUACCAAGUGUUUAUCUCGCACGAGCGGGACUUCACGCACUUGGUGUAUGGAUUGCAAAGGUAUCGUACUAGUAUAAAUUGCAUUACAAAUUUCCUCAGCAUGAGAAAGAAAAUUUGUAAUGCGGAUCUACCUUAACAAAAAGAUUUGUAAUGCAUGACUGCGAUCCGAGUACGAUGCUUUUGCACAGGAUAUUGUGCGACAGGUCGCGAUUUCGGAGUUGGAGGACGAAAGUCGAAAGAUGACUGGCCAGGUAUGGAAAGGAAGAGCUCCCCCCGGAGAUGAAUUUGUGUUGCUGAUUUGUGUUCACAAAAAAUCACAUUUGUCUUGCAAGAAGACAAGGGCAGAAGCUUUCGCCCCAUUAUGGAAGCGAUUUGGCAUGCUGUUGGGCCUAGAGGGCAGCCGUUUGCAAUGCUGAGCAACUAGACCCAGACGCCUCUUCUACCUAGGCUGGGGACGAUCUGGCCGCAGUGCCUUGCUGCAAUGCAAAGCGUAUUUGUGUAGGUGUACUUACACAAAUUCCGCUUUGAUGUAUGAUGUGGGGACGUGGGAUUUUUCCUUUCGAUACCAGGGCAAGAUGGCAAACGUCCACGUAGACCUCGGAGGCGGUGACAAGGCGGCGCUCGUGGAUCAUGUACCUCUAUAAUCUGGCUGUUGCUUGCUUUGGUUACGCAUCUCGUCUACCACAUGAGAAUUGAUAUAAAUAUGUAACGGGAUUUAUGAACACUUUUAUUCUUUUUGAUGGUGUAAGAAAUAGCCUCGUAAUUAUUUGUUUCCAGGUCCUGAACCUGCUGCUCCAACCCGCCACGUGGCAGCCCCCACCCGGUGACGAUCAACCGUUUGUCUUGUCCAUACAAGAGUGCUACCGCCUUUGCCAGGAAGCUCUGGAGAUCUUCAAGCGCGUAUUUACAAUGAAAAAUGCCCCCACCCCGAAAUUUGCAGAAGUUUGUCAUGCAAAGUUUCCAAAUGAAAGCUUUUUGUCUUGCAUAAAAGGAUUGCCAGCAACUCUGAUGCAGAAUCUAGUUUCGCAAGGUGCAUUGUGCAUCAUAACCGAUCUGGCUGCUGUUGACCUACUUCGCAACACAAAUUUGCCCUAUUCAGCAUGGAAAAUUUGUGAUGCUGAGAUAUGCAAGACGCGGAAUGUUUCUGUUGGAAAGGUUUGCAAUACAAAUUCUGCCAAGCUGGGGGUGGGGGGCAUUUUUCAUUGUAAUAGCGCGAGCCGAUGCUGCUGCAGUGCCGCGCCCCGAUCAAGGUGUACGGCGACAUAUCGCACGAAAAAAGUGGCGAGUUCACUGUGGUGAAGAUGAUUCUGAGGAAGGAUCUGCAUGACACAUGACGGCGAUGUAGUGUAAGUGUUUCGCAUGACGGCGAAGUAGAAUGAAAAUGUAGAUCUGGUGCCAUGACGCGGCGUCACGCGCGGUUCUUCGUACUAUAUCGAAGAACACACGGCUGAAAACAAGAGUCCGAUGCCUUACCACGAUUCUGAAACAGGACAAAGUCAUCUUAAGUCCUCGCAUGAUCAAAAGUAUUCACCGUGAAGAAGCUACAGUUUUUUUCCUGUGAUGGGACAUUCACGGGCAGUUUUUGGACUUGAUGCGGCUUUUUGCCCGCUACAACUGUCCGCACGACGACUCCACAGCUGGGGGAGACCUAGAUGCGAUGGACUACCUGUUUCUCGGCGACUACGUCGACCGGGGGUCGUUCUCACUCGAAGUGAUCUGCCUGCUCUUCGCGCUGAAAAUCAAGCACCCCUACCAGAUACACAUGAUACGAGGCAACCACGAAGACCCAACCAUCAAUGGGAUCUAUGGCUUUAGGGAAGAGUGCAGAAGGAGGCUGAGGGACGGUAUAGUAGUACUCUUAUGUUUGUACGAUUUCCAUUUCUAUUGCGAAGCCGAAGUUGUAGUAGCCUUUGUUUGGUAUUUAGUUUCUAGUACAGAGUCAACCAUAAUUAAUGAUAAAUUGUUGUCCACUCGAAAAAAUCAAUACUAAAAUUUAGAUGUCGACUCGCCGAAUUCCGUUUGGGCCAUGUUUAACACCGUGUUUGAGUUCCUCCCCGCUGGGGCGGUGAUCGAAAACAAGAUCCUCUGCAUUCACGGCGGCAUCGGUGGUGCCAUCAUAUGCAUUCCAAAUAUGUCUGGGUCUGGAGGAGCGCAAGCUUGUCAUGCUGCCUUCGGAUGCUAAAAAGAAUCUCCAUUGCAUGAACCGCAAGAGCAGUCCAGUUUUUGCUCCUGCGCGGAGACGCGGCAUUAUUUCUCAUGCAGGAUACGCAUUGAGAAGGUUGCACACAGAGAAUCUCUAUAUGCUAGGGCAUGCAUCACAGACAUCGCGGACUAUUCAAAAGAUGCAUGACAAACCUUCCAUUCUUCCAGACCCAGACCUAUCUACAUUUGAUACAUCAACUCUCCCGACGACAUCCGCAGUAUGCCGCGGCCGCUGAAAGUCGCGCAGAUAUGAGAGUGCACAACUCGACGUCCCCUUCCCCCUCAUUUGUGUUGCAUGAUCAGCAACGCAAGCGCUGGCAAAGAUGCAGCUUUUCCAUGACAAAUUCCUAGGGGAUUGCAGUACUGUUUUGGCUACUUUCGGAAUCUGUCAUGCAAAAAGUGCUAACAGGCAAAAGGCAGACUUGGAAAUUUGCAUGACAAAUGAGUGGGAGGGGGAGUUGUGCACUCUGAUAGCGGAUCCCGUCCAACCACGAAGAGCAGAAGGUGACAGACCUCCUCUGGUCCGAUCCCAGUGACAGCGACACCCUGCGCGGGGUCACCACGAACGAGACUCGCGACCCAGACGGCACAGGCAGAAUAGUGAAGUUCGGGCCCGACCGGGUGUUGCAGUUUCUCGAGAAGAACCCCCCACUCUCGAUGAUCAUCCGCGCGCACGAGUGUGUGAUGGACGGGUUUGAUAUCAGAGUACACAACUCCACCUGCUCCCCCUCAUUUGUUUAUUGGCUAGAGCAAUACAAACACCACCCCACGUGGAGUCUAUACAUGACAAAUUUUUGUGCCUAGUGUAGUACUGUUUGAGUUGUCAUGCAUAAUAGUGACACGACAAGAAGGGAGCAACUUCAACUGGAAUUGUGGAUUUUGCAUGAGAAAUGAGAACGAGGGGGAGUUGUGCACUGUCAUAUUUGAGCGGUUUGCGUCCGGGAAAUUGAUCACUCUCUUCUCCGCCACGGACUACUGCGGGCACCACAAAAACGCCGGCGCUUUGCUGUUCGUGCGACGCGACCUGACGAUUGUCCCGAAGUUGAUCUAUCCGGCGGAUUAUGCACUGCAAAAGUAUCGUACUCGUAUAAAUGCAUCACAAAUUUCCUCAGCAUGAGAAGUAAAAUUUGUAAUGCGGAUUUAGCACAAGAACAAGAUUUGUAAUGCAUGAUUGCAAUACGAGUGCGAUACUUUUGCACAGGAUACGGAUGAAAAGAAAUCGUCGCAGUGGGAUCAGCGGAUUACCACCGCGCGGCCACCAACACCACCCCGCCCAGUACCGCGAGCGCGCAGGAACGAAAGUGGAACGGGAGGGGACUGGUGAUGGAGCAUUUUUUACCGGGUCGUUCUUCAGCAUGGAUCACAGAAGAUGCAGAGGCGGGCUGUGCUGUGGCCUGUUCAAGAAUUUGAUUAUUGAAAUAAAUUGACUUUGUCUACUUUGAUAGCAGGAACGAAAUUUUGAUAGAGUAUUUCUUAUGCCAAAAGAACUACAAGCGGGAUUUCAAUUAAACUACAGGGGAACAAAGUUGUACUUCGGGGGGGAAAAAAGUACAAAUAUCCCGAUGAUUUUUAACAAGUUCAAGUAAAGCAGAAAUUAGUUGUAGUAUGUUGCGUCCUUUCACUUUCUCUUUCACGGAAGAACAAAAGCGAAUUUCUUUUCAAAACAAGGAUCAAACUCUGAAAAAGGUGAUUCACGCCUGAUUUGGUGCACUGGCUCAAACAGUCACGAAACUUCUAGAAUGAAGCACGGAUAUUAUAUUGCAGUUUUCACAAAAUGGCGACUACAGAAAUCAAGGGUAUGAUAGUUGGGGGCAGUUGUAGAGUUGCUACGAUAGUACAGGGGAACAAUGACUAUAAGUAUCAGCGCGGGAGCUACUAGCAUGAACAAGAUUACGGAUUAUGGCACCGUCGACCAUAUCUGAAGAGACCCAUGUUGCAGCGACUACAGGAAUUGCUUAUGGGCACCACUCGGGCGGCCUGAUUAUCCAUCCGAAUCUAGUUUUUACUUUUUCACUUCAACUAUAAUCAGCGACAUUGAUCGACAGGACUAUAGCGGGGACGACCCAGAAUCAAACGAGGACUUCUUGCAAGAAGGGCGUGUGUCAUUUCGUUCUAGUUCUUUCUCAUGGCCAGGGCCCGGCAAUCGCAUAAACUCUAUCGAAGCUAAUGCGCAAGAGAUAAUGCUCGUCUACUCUCGGAUAAUGGUUGUACUACCGUUUUACUUAGAACUUUUACGCACGCACGCAUCGAUCUUGAUACAAGGCAUAAUUUUCCGCGACUACAUUGAAUUGUUUUAAUACGACAAGAAAACCACGAAUAAACAAGCUGCAAGCGGUGGAAAUUUGGAGAGGCGGCGGUAUGUCCAUUAGACCUGUGUAGGAAAAGUGCGACGAUGCUGGAAAUAUAGAUAAACAGGUAUUCUUUAUCUUACUAACUUGUUUACAACUUAAUACCGGCUGGUGUGAGUUGAUAUUGUUUACAGCAGAGUCAUUUGUAGCUAAUAAAAUGAAUUAUAAAUCGGUUUUUUGUCAAGCAGCUAGGGGAAGAAGAAGAUUUUAUACCUUUGUGGGCAAGGAAAAAUUUUUCUGCAACAGACUCACGACCCUUCUCAGCGAAGGCGGUUUGUGUCUCGUGUCGAAAAUACUCUUUGUCCUCACUGGUAAAAUGAAAAUCCGAAGAUGAUAUCUUCUCCUAUAAAGAAAACUCACUUCUUUGAGGUGUCUAUCGCAAUGCUUUAUGGCUUCUUACCCUUUUUGAUCAAAGGACAAGAAGGAGAAAUACUUUGUAGUUCGAGAAAAAUUUUAUUCAUAGAUACCCUCAUUCAACAUAAAUAUGAAACUACAAAAACGGAAGGACGAUGCAUCACGUUUUUCAUCUUCACACAUGAUUUGUACUAGCUGCGCCCACGACGACUCGGCGUCCUCCAACCCAUUACUUUUUUUAUCGGACCCGACAUAGGUGGCGAAGAGCUUGCGGUAGUACUUAGCACGAAAGUGUGUUGGAUUACACCGUGAAAAAAUAAUUUACGAGCUGCAUAAUGCACCGCUGUUGACGUUGUACAAGUCGAAGCUUUAGUGUCGAAAAUGUUUUGUACACAAAUAUCCACUGAAUAAACGUCAGCCACACAAACGUGACAUCAGAGCGUGUGUGUGUGAUCACGAUGUGACUCUCAAGCACCAAUCGAGAUGAAAUAUGAAGCCUAUGCCUACGACCGCCCUUACAGAUUACCUUCGCCGUGAUGCUUGCCCAAGCUGAUUCAUUUCCUUUCUAGCACUAGGUGGGUAUGAAGAUUUAAGCAGUGUCACUCUCAUCUUAGAGGACACACUACACAAGCUGGCACAAUGGAGAUGGACCUCUGUUCCUCUAUGACUACUGAAUUCGGAGGGUCAUGCGCCGUUGGAUACAAGCGCGAUUAUAGAAAUCAUCGAAGCAGUAGCAGCACACUUUGUUCAGCGUGAGUGGACCGAACGACGCAACUCCAGGCACUACAACUGUAAGUGUAAGUGUGUUGUAGCUGCAGCACGGCCUGUACUACUGGCCGCCGCAUUAUAUGCUGAUGAAUUUGACUGAAGAUGACAGGUAGAGGUAAAAGAGGAGGGCAAGCGCAGGAUAUGACACGGUUUUUAUUUCUCUCACUUUGGCGCCCCCGCGCCAGGGCCGGAGGCAUCAAAUUGGUCUUUACACAGCAGUCUUGGAACUAAUUGUACCGUCGACUCACUUUCACUUUAUUUGGAUGAUACGUAGGGAAUAUCUACUACACGUAAAGAUGGUGCAGCUAAAAUAUAAACAACAUUCGAAAAUUUAGUCAGUGACUGUAUUAUUCGUUUAUGAAGAGAAGUAUGGAAGAGGCCUGUUCGAGACAUCCUCUGUAGAGUGAAGAUCAGUAUGAAAGGAAUGAAUUUUUGUGACCUUUGAGGACGACAAAUCUCUUGACAAAAGUUGACGUUUUUAUAAAAAGCAUCAGGUUGCAGUUGGUGUUGAUCUAGUUGUCAGCUGCGUGUGCAAGAAUAAACAAGACGCCCCCCUCGCUUUAUUCUCGG